UUUCCGCCAUUUCUCAAUAAAUAUGGUCCCAACAAGCAGUGAAUAUGAUAUUUUGCACCGAUUCAAACGACAAGUGGGGUCAGGACCUCCGCUUUUCAUAUUAAUUCUCAUCGGAGUUUUUGUACUGAUUUUCAUCACAUGUUUCGUCGGGACUGUAGUUGCUUGCAUUCGAACUUGCUGUGGUUACGGUGGUGGAUAUGGUGGUGGAUACUAUGGAGGUGGUGGUGGAAUGUAUGCACCUGGGUACUAUGGUGGAAGAGGGUAUUAUGGAAAGGAUAAAGAAGAGAAGAAGAAGCAGGAGGAAAAGUCGAACUCUGAAAGUACCAGCCAAGUUUAGAGAAUAAAGUUUUUAUGAAGUUU